AUGACUGGCAACAACUCAUCCGCCUCCUCCAAGAUCUCGUCGAUCACAUCUGUGUAUUAUCUAAGUUCCUCAGACAGUCCUGGUAUGCUUCUGAGCCAAAUCAUUCUUAAUGGAGAAAAUUAUCAUGUUUGGAAAAAGGCUUUUCAAAGAGCCCUAAGAUCUAAAAAUAAAUUGAGCUUUAUUGAUGGGACUCUAGACAAAACUAAGGCUGAUGAUAGUGACAAGAAUGCUUGGGAUAAAUGCAAUGCUAUGGUUGUUUCAUGGAUCUAUAAUUGUGUUGACAAAAGCAUACAAAAUACUAUAGUUUCUUUUGAUGAUGCUAGGGAGUUGUGGACUGAAAUUCAACAGAGAUAUCAUCAAGGGCAUGGUCCCCGAAUAUACCAGUUGAAAGGGGAAUUAAAUGAAUUCAGGCAAUGGUCAUUAAAUGUCACAUAUUACUAUGCUAAAUUGAAGGGAAUUUGGGAUCAGUUGGACCAGUAUACUAAAGCCGACACUUGUGUGUGUGGAUCGACAUGCAGAACGUUGAUCAAUAUGCUGGAAGAAAGGGAGAAUGAAAAAGUGUAUAAAGUUUUUAUGGGUCUUGAUGAUCGAUACGAUACUAAUGAAGCACGAUCCGGUCGGUCCUAG